AUGAGUACAGUGACCGGGAAAAGAGUCGAGAUGUUCACACGGAGGCUCUUCGAGUAUAUGAGGAGGAGGAGGAACCAACUAGGAUCGUUGAAACAAGGAGCUUUUGGAUAAGGUGUAGACACAGAUCUCUUUGUUUUAUCAUAGAGAUGGAGCAAUCAUCAGGCCAAUGGCCGCCACCUGAAGAAGAAAACAGCGAUCUUUCCUUCAUCUACCAGCCUGAGAUGAAUUCUCUGGACAUGUUCACGGCAAACCAAAUCAUGGAGUCGCUUGGUGAAGAGCUCCAUCAUCAUCAUCUUCCCUCGGGGUCUUGCUUCCCCUUCGAUUCGGCUGGGAGCAGUGAGUUCAACAACAACGCCAGCGGCUCUCUCGUGGGGAUUCCAUAUGGGACGCGUAUGACCACCGCUGUUACCAACGAGCUAGUCUCGGUUGAGGCACCACAAGCCUCCCCCAACUUUCUCUCGUUUGGUAAUCAGGAUUCGUUGCAUGAUCCACCGCAACUGUAUAUGAAUUCUGGCAAAGGGGUUGUGGAGCCACAGAAUGAGAUCACAAGCCUGUUCUCUCAUGGUUCGACAUGGAGUGAAGACACUCUCGAGUUCCAAAGACAGGAGAAGAAGAGCAUGGGGAGCAGACCACCUUCUUCCGCUCAAGAUCAUGUCAUUGCUGAGAGGAAACGGCGAGAGAGACUUAACCUGCAGUUUAUAGCAUUAUCCACGAUUAUCCCCGGAUUAAAAAAGACCGACAAGGCCACUCUCCUUGGAGAUGCAGUCAACUACAUCAGGCAACUGGAAGAGAAGGUGAAAACGUUAGAAGAGAAGGCUUCGGAGAGGACUGUGGAAUCCACCAUCCUUGUCAAGAAGACUCACAUCCCCACCGGUGACCACACCUCAGAUGCCGAGGGAAGUCCUUUUUCUGAGGCCUUUCCCAAGAUCACGGCCAGUUUGAAUGGGAACUCCAUCCUCGUGAGGGUUCAGUGCGAGAAGCGAAAGGGGCUGUUCGUGAAGGUGCUCUCCGAGAUCGAGAGGCACCACCUCUCUGUCAUCAACACAAACGUCAUGCCGUUUGCUUCCUCCUCUCUCAAUAUAACAGUGACUGCACAGAUUGAAGAGGGAUUCUCGAUGACGACGACGGAUCUCGUGAAGGACAUAGACUCAGCUCUUAGCCGGUCCAUGUGAAGAAGAAAAUACUCCACAAUCUCUCGUUGCUGUUCCAAGAGAGCGACUAUUCUUCUUCUUUUAAGCUUUCUUUGUCCCUUGUAAUUACGAAGGAAAAAGGCUGAGCUAUAUGGGUAGUUUAGCUUCAGCUGCUAUUCCGAUAAGAACCAUCUGCUGUAUCCUCCGACUCCUAGAAUUCACAAAGAGGAAUGGAAAACGGAAGCUUCUUCUCUUCAGAGGCUAUAUAUAUUAAA